CUUCAUUAUUCAUGCGCGAAUAUCCACGAAUUCUUUAAUUUUUUUUUGCAACUCUUUCAAAUUCUUUCGUUUGAUGUCUUGAUUUUCAAUCAUCAACAAUGAAUAAUGAAGUCGACGUCAUGAUGAUGAUGAUGAUGAUGCCGUUGAAUGUAGAAUCGUUUUAUUCAAGAUGCCAUUCUUGAUUAUAGCUUACAUUGUACAACAUUGAUAAAGUUCAUCAGUUCAUUUUUUUUGAUUUGAUCCAGUUUCUUCAAUUGAAUGUGUAUGUGUGUGUGUGUGUGUGUCUGUGAUAAACUUAUUCUGUCUCGUUAACGUCUCGAAUCUUCAUUGCCAUCAACAUCAUCAUCAUCAUCAUCAUCAUUAUUUUCAUAUUCAUAAACAGUGACUACGGAUUCGAAUAUUGAAUGAUACGAGAAUCAUAAUUGAUUAUUCCAUUAAAAAAAAAAAUUUCAAUCAAUCUAUACGAUUCUCCAUUUGAAAAUUUGUUGUUUGUUACGCACGAAUCCACUAGCUUCGAUGUCUGUUGAUUUAUAAAUUGAUUUAUUAAUAGAUUGAUUCUGAAGUUAUUCUAUUCCGGAAUACGCCCACUACUACAGUGAUCUACAACAACAACAAAAAAUACAAUUUGAAAUCUGAGAAUUUAUUAGCAACGAUACGACAAACAAACAACGAUGGCUACAGGAACAUUUAUAACAGCAAAAUUAAUGCGAUCUGAUCAAUCAACACCAUGGGGUUUUCGUCUUCAAGGUGGACAAGAAUUUCAGAUGCCAUUAUCUAUGGCCAAGGUAUCGGAAGGAAGUUUAGCUGAACAAUCUGGUGUAUGUUUAGGCGAUAUUAUACUAAAGAUAAAUGGAAAAGAAUGUGAUCAAAUGCGUCAUAAAGAUGCACAGGAUCAAAUAUUGAAUGCUGGCAAUUAUCUUGAAUUGUAUUUAGAAAGAGGUCCUAUGAACACUUGGAAACCAACAGUUACACCUGUCGGUUCAUUCGAUAUCCGUCAAAAUAAUAAAGCACAAUCAAUGGAGCCACAAAUUUAUACUAAAACAUCAUUGGCUAAAAAUCCUGAGGAAUAUGCCGGAAUCGGAAGUGGCCACAAUUCAACAGCCCAACCAUUUAAUGGGCCAAAAUUGGUGCAUAAACAAUUUAAUUCGCCAAUCAAUUUAUAUUCGGAUAAAGCAUUGGAAGAAACAUUGAAUGCACAUUCACAAGUAUUGGCAACCGGUGCCACUGGAAUAAAUUUCAUAAAACCGGAACAACCGGUAAAUAAAGAUUCGGCUGUAUAUCGAUUAGUUCAAGAAGAAGAAGAGAUGCGUAAAUCUAAAGGUUUAUCAGAUUCACCUGAAAAAAAUGGCUUUCAUGAUCCAUCAUCUAUUGAUGGUCCAAUACGUCAUGUAACAGCUCCAAGUGGACCGUGUCCACAAAAACAAAUUGAUGAACGAAAUCGUAAUGUUUGUGCACAUUGUGAACGAUUGAUUGUAGGCGUAUUUGUUAGAAUCAAUAAUAAAUCAUUACAUGCUGAUUGUUUUGUUUGUGCUACAUGUGGAACUUCAUUGAAAAAUGUUGGCUAUUUUAAUAUCAAUGAUAAAUUAUAUUGCGAUAUUCAUGCUAGACAAAUGCGUGCCGUAUUAGGUGAAACCGGUGGUCAAGGUUUUCCAAGUGCACCGGAUGUUAAACCGGCACCAAUAGGAUUCUCACAACAACAACAACAACAACAACGACAACAUAUUUCACCAUUAUCUCAAUCACCACAAACAGUUCCACAACCAAGAGAGAUUUCAAUACCCGUACAAUCAUAUCAGUCUACUAAUUUACAAACACAGAACGGAUUUCAAUCAUCGUCACCAAAUUUCAAUACGAUGCCAAAAAAAUUUUCACCGAUUGCACCACCAAAACCAAAUUUUUCACCAAGUCAAACAAAUCGUAAUUCAAUGUAUGGAUCGAUGGCAUCGCAAUCACCAUCAUCGUAUAAUUAUACAACAGAAACUCAUUCAACUGUGCAACGAAAUCUUAAUCAGCCGAUAAUACAGCCAUCAAUGGCACCAUCCAAUCCGGCCGCUGAUUAUUUAUCAUCAUCGUUAGCUAAACAAAUGAAUCGGCCAAAAUCAUGCUAUUCAAGCUUACCACAAACACAAGGCAAUUAUUCAGUAACAACUAAUACUUAUGAAACACGUACAGCAACUACUAAAUUUCCUGGUAGCCCAUGUGGUGUUAAUCCAAAUAAUUUGCCUUAUCCAAAAACAGCUACGUAUGCUUCUAGCCAAACGACAACUUAUUCGACACCGAUUGGUUCGGCAGGUCCAGCUGGUACCCAACCGAUGACAACGCUUCCGUCGGCUUAUUCAGCAAAAAAUGUUCCCAACUAUAAUGCUACACAACAACAACGUCAAACAACAACAGCGGUGAAUUCAUCAUCAACAACAACAUCAUUCGGUAAUAAACAAACAUCGACUACCGAUAUGAAUCGUAUGGCACCAAAACGUGGUAAAGGUAUGCUACAGAAUCAACUUACCGGUGGUGUGAUUCCAUUCUGUGGUUAUUGUUCACAACCGAUUCGUGGUCAAUACAUUAUGGCAUUGAAUAAAACAUGGUGUCCAAAUCAUUUUAUCUGUGCCAAUAAUCUUUGCAAACGUUCAUUAGAACAAAAUGGUUUCGUUGAAGAACAGGAUCGUUUAUAUUGCGAAAAUUGUUAUGAAACACAUUUUGCUCCUAGCUGUGCUAAAUGCUUUCAAAGGAUCAAAGGGGAUUGUUUGAAUGCAUUGGGAAAGAAAUGGCAUCCAGAAUGUUUUACCUGUACUCAUUGUCGUAAACCAUUUGGUAAUUCAGAAUUCUAUCUAGAAGAUUCGUUUCCAUAUUGUGAAAAAGAUUGGAAUGAUUUAUUCACUACAAAAUGUGUUGGCUGUGGUUAUCCAAUUGCUGCUGGUGAUCGUUGGGUAGAAGCAUUAAAUCAAAAUUAUCAUUCAAAUUGUUUCCGUUGUACUGUUUGUCAUAAUAAUCUGGAAGGACAAAGUUUCUUUGCUAAAGGUGGACGACCAUAUUGCAAAGCACAUGCCAGAUAAAUGAAUCCAAUUAUGGUAGGAAUAGAAAACAUUAAAUGAAAAAAAAAAUCAAUAGAGAGCCAUUCAAUUAAUUCAUUUGAAUGAUUUAAAUGAUUGUAAUGU